AUGCGGCCUCUCACGGAGCAGGAGAGCAAGACGCUCUUCACCAAACUCGCCAACUACACUGGCAACUCACUCAAGAACCUCAUCGCGCCACUGGACGACUCCCCCAAUGCGGACCGCUUCGUUUUUCGACUCGUCAAGGAUCGUGUAUACUACGUCCGUCUGUCCAUUGCCAACCUGGCGACCUCGAUAGCGCGCGACAAGCUUCUCUCCCUCGGCACGUGUGUUGGGAAAUUCACAAAAACCGGCAAGUUCCGGUUACACAUCACCGCCCUCGAGAUCAUCUCGGAGCAUGCCCGGUGGAAGGUCUGGGUGCGCCCGAACGGAGAGAUGCCCUUCCUCUACGGCGGCAACAUCGUCAAGGCCCACGUAGGCCGGUGGUCUGACGACUGCCCGGAGCAUCAAGGCGUCGUGGUUUACAGCAUGAACGAUACGCCGCUGGGCUUUGGCCUCACGGCAAGAAGCUCGGCGGAGGCGCGCAGACUUGACCCGACGGGCGUGACAGUCUUCCGGCAGGCCGACUGCGGCGAGUACUUGCGUGACGAGGACAACUUGUUCGCAACAUCCUAG